GAACAAACAAGCAUUGAGCCGCCAAUAUCUGACACAAACACACACACACUGCGCGCGCCUGCAGCACCGGUUUAAAAGUGCUGCCAACACAUCGCGCGCAAUUACAUCUCCUCCAGUAUCUGCACAGAGAAAGCAAUGUCCCCCUCUCCUCGCGCCGCUACUGAUGCGCUCGAGGAAGUCCGGUGAUUGGAAGUCCCAAUUGGAAGUCCCAAUCACCCGCAGACAUGCGAGGUGCGUGUCUAUGGCUGUCCCUCACCUAUUUGGCCGCCAGCCCCGACGGGUUGGGGGCACGGGAAUACAGCAACUCAACCGUUAUCGGCGGGGUUCUAUUUGUGGACGCAGAAGGGCUGUUGAACCUCUCAGACCCGUACACGUCCAACCUGACAAAUGUCUUCUCGCUGGACCUGGACGAGGGCACGCUCGCGGACUGGCACUCCAUGGCGGGUAAAAAGCGCUACGGGGGAGAGUCCCAGAACGCGACCGUGAAAUCCCUACUGGUCGUGGCUUACUCUUUCAUCAUUGUCAUCUCGCUGUUCGGAAACACGCUGGUGUGCCAUGUGGUGAUCAAGAACAAGCGGAUGCACUCCGCCACGAGCCUGUUCAUCAUUAACCUUGCGGUGGCAGACAUUCUCAUCACGCUGCUCAACAUGCCCUUUACUUUGGUUCGCUUUGUGAACAGCAGCUGGGGUUUCGGGAAGGGUAUGUGCCACAUCAGCCGGUUCGUCCAGUACUGCUCCCUGCACGUAUCCACACUCACUCUCACGGCAAUCGCGCUGGACAGACGUCAGGUCAUUCUCCACCCUCUGAGGCCCCGCAUGUCCCCGACUCGCGGGGUUGUGUGUGUGAUUCUCAUCUGGGUCAUGGCCAGCUGCUUCUCCUUGCCUCAUGCUAUCUACCAGAAGCUCCUAACCUUUGUGUACAGUAAGGAGAAGGUGCGCAGCCUUUGCGUCCCCGACUUCCCCGAGCCCUCUGACGUCUACUGGCAGUGCAUCGACCUCCUCACCUUCAUCCUCCUCUACGUCCUACCCCUCCUCAUCAUCACGGCCGCCUACUCAACCGUGGCUCGCCGCCUGUGGCGCCGUAAUGCUAUUGGGGACACCACCACUGCGCAGUUCGCUGUGCAGCGGCGGAAGCGGCGGCGCACCCUGGCUAUGUUGUUGGCGGUUGUUGGGGUGUUCGCGGUAUGCUGGUUCCCUCUGAACUGCUAUGUGGUGCUUCUCUCCAGCCAGGCCAUUCAGUCAUCCAAUGCCUUGUAUUUCUGUUUUCAUUGGCUGGCGAUGAGCUCGACGUGUUACAAUCCCUUCAUCUACUGUUGUCUGAACCCCGCCUUCCGCCAGGAGCUAAGGCAGCUAUUGGGCAUGUGCCAGAGGAGGGGGCGUGGAGGGGUGGGGCCGGUGCUGGUGGCUCCGCCCUCCUGCGCACCCUGCCACAGAGCCGCCUGGCCGGAGAGCCGCACUGGUUCUCGGCCGAGUCACGCCUCUUCACACCCGAGCCACGCCUCUUCUCGACCAAGCCACUCCUCGUCCUCUCACCAGCCCCCUAAAGACAGGCAUGUCCUUUUCUCCGCUAGACAUGCCAGUAAAACAGACAUCCUAUCAGUGGAGCCUAUAGUAGCUGUCAGUUAACUUCAACUACCAGAAUGCAUUUUGGUUGGGAUUGAGUGAAUGAUUGAGUUUAUUUGACAAUUAAAGACGUGUAAAGUUGCUGCAUUAGGUGGUGAGUCCUGUUGAAGGACUACGUUGUUAGCCAAAGACAGUGGGGGCUCUUGAACAGGAAAUGUGAGAUCUUUCAACUUUCAUGACAGCGCCACUUUCAGGAAGAAAUGUCUCACAUGGAUAGGAGUAGGGGUUGGAGAGGUCUAGCAACAAAUGCAACACCCAAACCAGCAACUACUCUGUCAGCACAUACUGUAUACACUGAGUGUACAAAGCAUUUAAGGACACCUUCCUAAAAUUGAGUUUACCUUCCGAACAGCCUCAGUUCGUUGGGGCAUGGACUCUAC